AAUUCCCAAAGUUCACAAAUGAAGCAAUAUUUACAAUCCCUAAGUAAGAAAAAGAAUAUAUGCAUGAUCAAUUGAGGAGGAAGGUGAAACCAUGAGCCGAAACAUGAACAAUUUCACGCCUUUGCCAGGGCUUUGGAGAACAGGUUCUAGAGCCUAUGGUGACGCUUCUCAUAAUUCCAAUAAUAGUCACGAAUUCAAUGAAGUGCCUGUGUUUUACAGAUCUCAUCACUCUACUAGGGCCAAUCAGGAUGAGAGGAGUUCAGGUGCACAAGAUCCGUUGCGGUUGUGGGAAGUUAGAAGAACUCCUGAAGAACAUCACAGAAUACCAAAUUUUUCAGCACAACCACCUAGAAGACAACAAACUUAUGUUCAAAAUGAGGACAUGAGAAGGGGUUUCAAUUUCAACCCAACCAGACUCGGACAGAUUUUUCAGCAUUCACCUUCAAGAUCAACAUCAACAGAACAAACAAACACACAAGUUCCACAAUUGGUAGAAAAUUCAAAAUCAACUAUUUUGAGCAAAUUAAGGAACGUAGUCUAUGAUCCUACACCGAAGCGGUUAGCUAGAAAAGUGAGCUUAUAUUAUAGAGGAAAUGCUGCAAAUGAUUUGAAAGAUAGUGUGAAAGAAAAUAAGGAAGAUGGUAUGAGAUGUGCUAUUUGCUUAGAAGAUUUUGAGGCCAAAGAAGAAGUGAUGCUUACUCCAUGCAACCACAUGUUUCAUGAGGAUUGUAUUGUUACUUGGUUAACAAGUAAAGGUCAGUGUCCAGUCUGUAGGUUUGUGGUUUUUGAGGGAGUAAAGGGAAACGCUUCAUCUUUUAAUAGGAAUGAUAUUCCCAAUUUGGAACCUAAUGAUAUGAUCUCUGGAGAGCUUUUGUCAAUUUUGAGGGCCAUGGAAGAAGCUUUUCAGUUAGAAGUGUGAAUUAGUAAUGUUUUAAAAGUCAAACCGGAUUGCGAACAAUUGAAACUUUUGGAUCAUGGUUCAACUGGAUUAAACUGCUGGAACUAAGACAAAACUGCGAUCAAACUGUCAAAUUAACUGAACCGCAGUAAUGACUGGUUCAAAUUUGAAUGUUCAACCGGUUGAAUCAACCAAUUUUGUUUGGUUUGUAAACCAGUGAUUACUGAUAUACUAUAAAAUUUGAUGUGCUGCCAAUAAUAUGGCAUAGAAGUAUACAUUAGUUCAAUAUAAAUUUUAUAACAGUGUGUUGGUUCCCAAAUGCUUAUUGAUUUGUAUGUCUGAUACGGGGUGAAAAACCCAAAAUCAUGUUCAUUUGGUUACAAAAAAGUGAUUUUAUUGAAACACACCUUCUGGCUGCAGUGUGACCACAUGUUUAUGCUGAAGCUCCUUUUGUAUAAGGGCUCGUUUGAAUUGACUUAUUCUUUAGCUUAUGCAA